AUUACAUAAACAAAUCCUUUAACCAAAGAACAAUCCUUAACAGAAAAGAUACAGUCAAAUCAAAUCAAAUAUAAUACAAAGUUAACCCAUCCUCAAACAGGUACACACACACAUUAAGAUUUUUAAGGCUAUACGACGUAUAAACAUGGUCAAGUCAAAAUGGGUCAGAAAAGACAUUUGUGAUAAAAGUGCUGAAUAAUUUAUAAAAAAUAAAGGUUAUGUAUCACUUUUUAAAGUUUUUUCUUAAAUACAAGUUUCUUCUGUCUUGGAUCGGCUGGAGUGUGUUUCUGAUUUCUUUUCCACGAUGCAGGAUUAACAUCUCUGAACCCUGAACUUUCCUCAAUGUGACCAGAAGAGGGCACCGAGUGACUUGUGAUGUGGGAGAUAAUACGUUUAAAAUUUUUAUUUUUAGCUGUUAAUAUAUAAACUGUUCUCAUUUAUGUUUGUUUGGGGGGAUUUGGGGGAUGUUCAUAGCUAUUGUACAGGCUAAAUCCAGCAAGCACUGAAUCCAGAAUUUUACAUUAUCAAUGAAAAACCCACAGACAUCUGAUAUUUCAUGAAGUCAAUUCAUGCAUUCAGAUCAUCAUAUUACAUCUUCUGCUUUGAUUGGCCUGAUUGGACUCUCUGUUUAAAAACUCCUGUAAUCUCACCGUGACUUGCAGUGCACGGGACUCGCACAUUAGCUCACUAACUCUCACACAUGACCCCAAAAAUCUGCAGGAAGAAAUCAAUAAGUUUGUUCCUGCAGGCUGAUACUGUCAGACUGAGUCAUGGCUUCUGUUUUGUCGUCUCUUUCUGCUCAAAGGCAGUGUUACUGUAAAACUAGGGUUAUCUCAGAGCUAAAACUAGCACAGCUCAAAGAUAGUUCACUUUUGCACUGUUGGUCUGUGUAGAAGAAGAACGCAGCUGUGAGAAGGGGCUGACCCUGUUCUGCUGUCAGUGGUAUAAAAUACUUCCACGUUGUUGCAUUUCAGAGAAACCUCGAGACUCUAGAAUGUUUUUCUUUGUGAUUCUUGUGUUGCUGUCCUGCAGUGAGGCUGAAGGUCUCCAACAUGUGUUUGUGCUGCAUGGAAAGGACUUACACCUGGAUACAGAGAAACCUGUUAAACUUGACGAACAGACAGAUUUGUUCUGGAAAUGUAAUUCCAGUAACAAUAUAGCUAAAUGUGUUUUUAAUAGAGAUCCAUUCGUGUAUAAGAAAUAUGCAGGAAGGGCUGAGUUGUUUGGACAAAAUUGCUCUUUGAAAUUAAAGAAAGUACAACACAGUGACAGUGGAGAUUAUAAAGCAGUUGUGGUCGGCGAACAAGAGCAAAGGGUGGCUGAAUACAAGGUCAUAGUUCAAGAUCGAGUGGCUCCUGCUGACCUGACAGUGGACCCUGUGUCCACCAGCUCAGACUCCUGUAACCUGACUGUGACCUGCAGCACAGUGGACUUUAACAUCAGCAGUAGUUUUAGAUGUGAUGGUAAAAUCUGCUCUCAUGCAGGAGAAAAGGAUGUGAAGGCCACAACAAAAUUUUCCUCUUUAAGUGUUUACCUGCACCAAGACACCAUUUUCUGUAAUCACAGCAACCAAGUGAGCUGGAAUCAAACCAUGAAGGUGCUCAAAUCUUACUGUGAAACAGAGACAGGUUCUGAGAGUUUCUCUGACGGUGUCUCCUUCUGUAUGGUGAAGACAGUCGUGUUCUCUGUUGGUCUGAUCAUCAUGGUGUCUGCUUUCAUCAGUGUUCACCUCAUAGAGAAACUUCAGAAGCAAAACUAAAGAAA